AACAGACGGCGUCUUCACCAGAGUCACUACAGAAGUUCUGCACACAACUAUUUUGGACAGCUGUGAACUACACGCGCGUACAUUCUAAACUCGAUGUGAACAUGCCGGGCAAGUUGUCUUACGAAGUCCAAAACUUUCUCUGAACCACUUUAAACUUUGAACGUUUUCUCCAACUCGUUUUGCAUCGGAACAUCCGCAGGUUUUCAACUCCAGGACCACUCCGGAUCCAUAGGACCGACCUUACCUCUGAGCUGGUAACUAUUUCCUCGUAUUACAUUUUCUAUGUGAUUUUUCUCUGAGCCAUCAGUUAGAAUACGACUUGUAAAAUGUGUUGAUUGUCAGGCUUCUUCGGGGGAAUGACAAUAAACAAAUAAGGCACAAUAAACAAAGUUGUCAACUUUAUCGCAACUGAUUUCAGAGUUGAGUUAUUUAACAUAACUGUUCCUUCCAUUCGAAGUGAAUAGAUGUGUUAUUACAAUAGCCUAGUAAUAAUAUUCCGUUUUUUGCCUUUUUUGACCUGUUUAAUGCUGGAACUAGAAGUAAACAUCUUCGACAGUGUCUCGAGCUUGCAAUGAGCGUCACGACUGUGAGUCUUCUGAGUUAGAUGCGCGAAGCGAGUGUGAAACAGGUGGGAUCUUUCAGAGGUAAAUUCCAGCACCGUGCGAAGUUGAUGGAGUAAAAUCAACAAGGACCUAAUUGAAAAUAACGAUAUAAUUCCAUGAAAAACAUAAAUUUCGUUGCAUUGCAUGAGACAUUACAUGGUUUGAGUUAACAUGAGAAAGAUGUCCGUGUUCGAUGAUGAUGAUGCCCAUUUAUUUUAAGGGGUAUUCCCCAAUUAAUUUAUCUAAACUCAAUCAAUUAUUCUGUUGUUUAUAUUAUUUUUUUCCAAAUUAUUUUGUGGCAUAUUAAAGGUACUUCGAAAUAUGUAUUAUACAUCGAUUUAAUCAAUUAAAUAUAGAUGGAGUGGUAAGGAUGAUUAUUAGGAUCAUUAUUCGUUUUUAGUGUCUCUUAUAGUAAAAUUACUUCAACGAAUUUUACUAGGUCGCCAAAAAACAAAAAUACAUAACCUUCAUUUAAUAAUUCAUUAAUAUUAAACUGUCUUUGUUGCAGGUGAAUUACAUGCAAUCAAUAGUUACAUAUUUAGAGUUAAACCAAUGUUAUGGAAUAUAACGAUAGGCUACGUUUAAGGGUACUUUACAUAGAAACAUGGAUUAGGCCUAAGAUAGGUUUACUUUACUUUACUUUUUACAUUAAAACACUUUAUUUGAUCUGCAAUUGCAAUAAUCAGAAUUAAAACAGUGGACAACGUAUUGUGCUAAUUGCUAUGGACAAAAUCACUGUUUUAUGGUAUCAAAUAUGAUCUGGAACUAUUGGCUUGAAUUAAGAUCAUUCUUAGGCAUAUUUAUGUUUUAUUUGCGAUUGUCAGAGAACUGUUGUUUGGGUGCACACGUCUGUUGCUUUAUUGUAUUGCGCUCAAGCCUCCUGUAGCUCAAUUUCGUAGAGCAAAGCGCUUGCAACGCCAGGGUUGUGGGUUCGAUUCCCACGGGGGGCCAGUAUGACAAAUGUAUGCACUCACUAACUGUAAGUCGCUCUGGAUAAGAGCGUCUGCUAAAUUACUCAAAUGCAAAUGUAAGUGCCCAUAUCCUCUCGUGUUCUGCAUCAACACACGGCUAAAACCAUGUGUCCCCGGUAAAUGCUGCACAAUUGACCAAAGGAUCUGCAUUCACAUAAGACCUCUGCAGUUGCUGUCCAAUACACACAAGGUCACCAUUACUUUUUUUUUAACUUAACAAUAGAUAAUUAUUAGAUAGAUGCUUUGUACUUGAAUCCCCUUUUGAAAAGGAGAGCUAAAUAAAUAAAAUUCCAGGUUUAUGAAAGCUAGCCUAUAUUCACAGUAAACUAGUGAUUUUGUGGAUAUGGAUUUAGUGAGUCCUAGCCUGAAUUCCUUAACCCAAAACCAAUGCAAUGUAUUACAAUGUCAUGCUUUCUGCAGCUUUUUCAAUUGCAAAUUAAGUAGGCCCAGCCAACAUGUAUGCAUAUGUGUUUAUGUACGACCUGAAAGAGCCAAGCUCCCUCUAAAUCAUGACAUGUAACGUUGUAGGCCCAUGUCUGGAGGCUACAAGAGCGCGCAAAAAUCCAAAGUAAUCCGACCUUUUUUCAUCACCUCAGCUCAGAUAAACUUGUGGCCAGGAAAAGCUGCCCUGAUUUUGAUUCGUUUAGGCUUGUGGGGACCGAAAUGGGAACGCUGGUGUGACUUUUCUUACCAACACCAACGGAAACAUUCUCCUAAUUAUAUAACAAUGUCUUGGGAAAAUGUCAUUAAGAUUUACCUCUGGUCACCUUUAAUCCAUAGGAUUUUGGAUCUUGUGUUAAACCAUUAUUUGAUUUCUAAACGUCUUAGUGGCCUACCUCUAAUAUGUAUUAGAGUUAGAGUAGAGAGAGCACAUUUCUGAAACACCAUAUAAUGGCGUGAUAUGUAUGUGGGGGACAUGAUAAUUCGAUCAUGCCUUGCGUUAUCUUAUCUCAAAUCUCAUUAAAAGUCCGCUGUCGGGUCGAGGCGCGGAAUUUAACAGUUGGCCAGUCACGACCAACUGGGAACGCGAGGUAGCAGUGUUUAGCUUGAUGGUUGAGUCGUUAAAGAUGGCAUGUAGACAUCAAAGGGUUUUAAGGACACGAGACGGUUCGGGAGAAACCGCUGAUCGCCCCUAAUGACAUCGUAAGUAAAAGUAAAUUACUUCUGCGUCCUUAUCAGAAAGGACACAUCUCCGGGGGGACGUUUGAGCUUCUUUGUAAUUAGGACUAUUUCACUUUUAUUACUGCAUAAUAACCAUGGCUCUCACUCAAUCCUCACUUGUAUUAACAGUGUAGGCCUAUAUUCACCAAUAUGAUCAAUGGGUACUUUUCUCCAAUAGGUCUAUCUAUACCCAUAUAUAGCCUAUUAAUAUCUACAGUAUAUCUUGAUUAGGCCAUAUUGUAGGGCUUCCUUAUGUGAUGAUGACACAAGUUAGAUAACCCAUGACCACUUUAAACAAUUACAUUUGAAUUCUUAUCCCACAUUAACUCAUUUAUACCAGCAGUAGAAUAAAGAGUAAGUCAUAUUUUCAAAACGGUAAAAUCGGGGGAUUAGGCACGAUUCCCUAUGACUAACAGAAUCAAACAAAGCAAACGGCAUGGCUUAGGGGUAAUGCUUUUUUUCUUCUUCUGGAAAGCUAAAUCAUAUCACAAUGGAAAGGUGCGGCAUGGGAGCUGUGUUUAGACUAAGACAGAAAAGACAUCGGGUAACUGUGUCACACAGCCUGACCAUUAAAUAUGCUCAGAAACAAAGAGCCUUUCUAUCCCUUUUGUUAUUUCCUCUUAUUAAACCUGAAUAAACAGCUCACCCAGGUAUUCUGCCUCAGUGAAUGGUGUCAUUCUAUUUACCUGAGUCUUAACAGCCCCGGGCAUGUUUUCUGGGAAUGGGGAAACACCCACACCAAACACAUCCCAGUGUCUGUGUGUCAGCACUGGGAAUUGUUUUGUUUUCUCACACCUUCUCUGACAUAUAUCCUAUGCACGUCCCACACACACACACACACACACAUGCAUGUAUGUGGGCACACAUACGUACCCACACACACAGGCUCUCAUCACUCGUCGUGUGCCUUGCAGACAAUACAUGAUUCAAGGUGUGUGUGUGUGUGUGUGUGUGUGUGUGUGGCCACAUGUUGAGCUGGUAGUUCCUGUGGCAUGGAGGUCUGGUUCAGACAGCUCUUAUCACUCUCUAAGGUGGCAAAGGGGCUCUCCCCAGAGAAAAAAACAUCCCUUUUGUCUCAGUGGUAAAAGGAGACAUUCACAUGUGUCACCUUAAUCCGCUGAUAAUGAGGCCUCUUGAAAAGCAACUAGAUAAUCAAGCUGGACCGCUUGUGUAUUGGCCUGGCAUUGAGGGGACCGGGUGUGUGGGGGGGACAGGGGUUGUGGGGGGACAGGGGUUGUGGGGGGACAGGGGGUGUGGGGGGACAGGGGGUAUGGGGGGACAGGGGGUGUGGGGGGACAGGGGGUGUGGGGGGACAGGGGGGUGUGGGGGGACAGGGGGUGUGGGGGACAGGGGGUGUGGGGGGACAGGGGGUGGGGAGGGGUGGGGGGGGACAGGGGGUGGGGGGUGUGGGGACAGGGGUGUGGGGGACAGGGGUGGGGGGGACAGGGGUGUGGGGGGACAGGGGUGUGGGGGGGGUGGGGAAGGGGGGUGGGGGGGACGGGGAGGGGGUAGGGGUGGGGACAGGGGGUGUGGGGGACAGGGGGUGUGGGGGGACAGGGGGUAUGUGGGGGAAGGGGGUGUGGGGGAACAGGGGUGGUGGGGGACAGGGGGUAUGUGGGGGAACAGGGGUGUUGGGGGGACAUGGGUGGUUAUGGGGACAGGGUGUGGGACGGACAGGGGGUGUGGAGGGUGUGGCGGUUUGAGGUGAUGCUAGUGAUAUACACCAGGAUGACCAGACAAGGGGUGUACCUCAGCUUCUAUGGAAGUGCAGGAAAUACUUAGUUAGAAAUGUUAUUUGAUUAAUUAUCAAAUAUCACAAUUAUGCUUGUUUCAUUAUGGAAUGUUCUGAUCAUAUUGUCAUUAUUUGUAGUUAUAGUAUGGUAGAAUACACUGUUGUUGUCAUGGUAUCACUGGUUUGUACACAUUUUAUAACAAAUAAUGACUUAUAUGAGUACAGUUCUGUUGUGUUAUCAAUAUGAUCUGACCUUUUUGAUGUGUUGCUUUUCCAGAGGGAAUCGCAUUGUGAUUUGAGUGAUCAGUAGCGACACCAACCAUGGGCAGCAAGACUCUUCCAGCCCCGGUUCCCCUCCACCCCUCCCUGCAGCUAGCCAACUACUCCUUCCUCCAGGCCUCCAACGGCUUCCAGCUGCCCACGGACCAAGUCCCUGGCAUCUAUAGCUUCAGCGCCCUGCACGCCAUCCACCUCCACCAGUGGACCCUGGGAUACCCUCCCUUCGCUCUCCCCCGCUGCACUUUCUCCAAGCUCCCAGCCCUGAUGGACGGACGCUUCCCCGGCUUGCCUUCCGUCCCCAUCUUCCCCCACCUGGUCCAGCCCAAGGACCAGGCCGCUGUGGUCGCCACUGCAGCUACCACCAUGAAUCUCCUUCAGGGCUCCAAGAACAAGCCCCAGCCACGCUUCGACUUCGCCAACCUGGCCACCGCCGCCACCCAGGAGGACCCGCUGAAGGCAGAGGACCUGAGCAUAACAGGGGCAGCCGCCACGACUUCUCCUCGCCGUGGCGGGCUAGGCUGUCUCAUGGACGUGGCCAAGCUGUCGUCGCCUGAGCGCAAGCCUAGCCGUGGCCGCCUGCCCUCCAAGACCAAGAAGGAGUUUGUGUGCAAGUUCUGCGGCCGCCACUUCACCAAGUCCUACAACCUGCUUAUCCACGAGCGGACGCACACGGACGAGAGGCCGUACACCUGUGACAUCUGCCACAAGGCCUUCCGGAGGCAGGACCACCUCCGAGACCACAGGUGAGACCUGCACUUUUCCAUUACAAUGAAGCUCAAUUUAACGAAUGAGGAGUAUGGAGAUAGAUUGCUGCCAAAAUGUUGUAAAUGAAUGAAUAAUAUUUUAUUGGAAACUUUAUUUAUAAGCCCAGACCCCCCAUUUAUAGUUACACUGCUGUGUAAGGCCUUUACAUAAGAACAGCAUAGGAUAUUAAUACAAAAUAUGAAAAAGCGCUUUGUUAAAUGGUCAUAUAUGCUGUUGAUUAAUUAUGUUGAGCCCCCGACAGUGUCAUGCAUCAGGGUUGAGGCAUAUUCCAUUUGAAUUAAUUCCAAUUGAAGAAAUGGGAUAGCCCCAAAUGUAAUUGACCCCAAACCUGUUAUGCAUGGCUUUUGAAUGUGCUAUUUUGAAUCAAUUUCGAAUCAAACUUCUAAUUUCCCCUAGAGUGACGGACCAAUUAAACGUAGCGAUAGCAAGAUUAUAUUUGAUGCUGAAUCGGAAUUCAGGAUCAGUAUGUGGAAAACGUUGUAACAAUCCAGUUAAGUAGUGGGAAGCGAUCAAGUGCAUAUGAGAUGGUUUAGGCGGGGCAGUAUCACCAAACCUCUCAAUUCCUUCUACUUAUUUAUUUCUCGUCUCCUAUUAAUUUGCAGCUUUAGGUUGAUAGCUGUCUUUGUGUGUUAGUUAUGUUUCGUUACUCAAUCCGGACUCUCUUUUUGUACUGCCCUGCAGGUACAUCCAUUCCAAAGAGAAGCCCUUCAAGUGCCAGGAAUGUGGAAAGGGAUUUUGUCAGUCCAGAACGCUAGCCGUCCACAAAACUCUGCACAUGCAGGUGAAGGAACUAAAGCCAUCCAAGAUUAAGUGAUGUCAACACCUUAAAAAAAAAGUGGACAAGGGGACACUGGAAACAAUAAGAGACAAGACAAAAUGACCAAAGACAGGGGACGU